GUUCAUAUGUUUGUUUCAGAUUCUCUCUUUGCGCUUGUAAUGUUACUGUUUCUAUCUGUGGAUUGAAUUUUCAGUUUUGGCACAAGUUUUUUUGUUGGUUCAAAGGUCAAUUUAUAGUUAGAUUAGUGUUAUUGUUGUGUUAGCUCUGAUCGGUAACUUUUGAAAGGGGCAGAGUUUCUCUUUAGUGUUGUAUCUAUAUACGUCUCUCUCUCUCUGUUUUGAGUUUUUGAGGUGGUGUCUGAUUGGUGAAACCUUGAAUCACGGGGGAAUAAAGAGUCAUUGUGAUUAAUGGAAAGUCCGUGUUUUUAGAAUGAAGGCCCUUUGUUUUUUGCUCUUGGAUGGGAUGGGACCAUUUAGUCACCUCUCUCUUUUCUCUCUUUCGGUUUCUUUAACUCGUGUUUUUGAUCACCUCUCUCUCUUUUCACGAUCACAGAAUCAGGUUCGUGGCCUGAUGUUUAUGAUUCAUCACGUUAUAAACACCUGGUGUUUUGCUCUUGAAUAAACACCUGGCUUGUUUUUUUAUUUGGUGGAAGAUUGUUCUUAAAGCUUUGGCAUUGUUUGUUAAAUUUUUGUUUGGUGUUACUUGAAUAUUCUAUUUGAGCUCACGCUGGAUGCACUUUUAAUCAGGAAAAGCAAGCGGCCCUGUACUACGUGAGAAUAUGUACAAGAAAGAUGAAAAUAAUGUCUCUUUCUGCAGACAUACUGGUUGUAGUGCAAAGGUAACUCCCCGGAUUGGCUUUACGGACAACAACAGGAAAGUUGGUCGGCCUCCGAUUUGUUCUUCCUCAAAUGGAAAGGAAAUUGCUGGGAGUUCAUCUCGAACUACUCCGGGUGGAUUUGGAUACUUAAGAAAGCCAGCCAAAGGUAGGAGACAGCCGUCGUCUAAUUUGGAGACAGAUUCUUCGGAGACGAGCAGUAUUCAUGAUGAUUUAGCUGCAGCUAAGCCCACCCUUCCACGCCUAAAGACUAAAAGAGUCAUUCAGUCUCAAAACACUGUUUCUGGAGGAGUGGUAAUGACAAAGGCAGGAAGAUCAAGUAGAGGAACAAGCACAAGUAGUCAUCAGGAAUCUGACUUGGACACUGGAGUGGGUCCCUCGGUUUCUUCAUCCUCUGGUAGCGACCGCACUGUAAGAGGUGGUCUGAGCAGGAAUGGAUUGAGGAACGUGAGGUGCAACUCUAUGUCUAAUGUUCUUCCAACUAGCUCAAGCUCGGCAACAAAAAUCAGUGUGAGUAAAAAGAAAAACUCUGAUGGAGAGAGCAGCUCCUCUAGCAAAAAAGGCAAUAAGAGUAGCGUGUCAGUGCUAAAGGGAAUGAAUCAAAGCUCUUCUCAUGAAAACGGAACCACACUUUCUGAUAACAGAAGGAAUCGUGUAGUACCAACUAUCAGGGAUAGUGGUGUUGUUUCAAGUAGUAGAUCAGGACGACGUGGAGCUGUUGCAUCCCCUGUUACCUCUAGACAAACACCUCACCGUGCAACACCAACCAAUUCCAGUUCUUCUCGUUCAUCAAAUAGUUACAGUAGGCAGAACAGGAGUACCGGCCGGUUACGUAGCUUGAUGCCUGGUAGCCCUUCUUUGGUGAACCGGGAUGGUUUAAGUCGCUACAACAUUAAUGGAAUUGCUGAGAUACUGUUGGCCCUGGAGAGAAUUGAACAUGAUCAAGAGCUUACAUAUGAGCAACUGGCCUCUUUAGAGACGAAUCUAUUCUUAAGUGAUAUGAUCAGAUUCUACGAUCAGCAUAGCGACAUGAGGCUUGACAUUGAUAACAUGUCAUAUGAGGAACUACUAGCUUUGGGAGAUGAAAUGGGUACAGUGAGCACAGCUCUAAGCGAAGAAGCACUCUCUAGAAGCCUAAAGAAAAUCAUUUAUCCGGGGACAGAUGAAACUGGUGCCAUCUCUCUGAAUAAGGAUGAUGAUAUCAAGUGCAGUAUUUGCCAGGAAGAGUAUGUUGAUGGAGAUGAAGUAGGGACUAUGCCAUGUGAACAUAUGUACCAUGUGAGCUGUGUGCAACAAUGGCUGCGGAUGAAGAAUUGGUGCCCUAUCUGCAAAACCUCUGCGGAGGAGGAGAAGUCGUUGUAGUGAUAACACGCCACACUUUGUGAGAUGAUUCCAAGAUGAUGCAGAUACAUUGUUUCUCUUUCGUCUUCACCAAGUGUUUGGCUCUACAUCAUCUUGUUCUCUCUCUACUUCUCUUCUUUUGUACAUAAAACACUUUUUUUUUCUUUUGUCCCAGUUGGGUACAAAUAGGCAUAUAAGAUCAGGUGACAAUUUCCACUUGUAACAAAGCUCAACUUUUGAUUUGUACCUGAAACAUUUUGUAGUUUAUACUACACUUUCUUUUUCUGUAUUCUUCAUACAAAAUCUUGUUUUUUA